AUGCAGUCGUGGCUUAUCCUUGCUAUUGUCGCCAUCAUCGCCUUCGCCACCGUUGAGUGCCAAUGGGGAGGAUACGGUAUGCGCGGAUACGGCGGUAUGGGCGGAUACGGACGGGGAUACGAUACCUUCCAGUUGAUGCAGCGGAUACUCCUCGCCAGCCUUUUGGUCAUCAUCGGCCUCGUCUUCGUCACCGAGGCUCAAUUCUGGGGUGGUGGACCAAUGUACGGCCCGUACUACCGCCCUCCAUGGGCCCGCCCGCCGUGGGCUCGCCCGAUGUGGGGACGCCCCUAUGGAAUGUACGGACCCUACGGAGGUGGAUGGGGAAAA